AUGUCCUUGCCAUCAUUUGUACCUUAUCGUCAUGAUCGUCGUCUGCGGAGCGGUGGUGGAGUUGCUCUCUAUGUUAGAGAUGAUCUAGUGUCUAAGUUUGUACUGUCGUCUGCAAAUUUGGAAGAUAAGCAUCCAGAGUAUCUGUUUAUUGAAGUUUGCGGGUCAUCUAAAGAGCGAAUCGUAAUUGGAGUUGUUUACAAGCCCCCUAAUACUGGCCAUCUCGACGAUUUAGAGGAAGAUCUUGAAACUUUGGUUGCAACCUACAGAAACAUGAUUAUUAUGGGUGACUUCAACUCUGAUUUGAGCUGCAGUAAUUUUAACGGUGAUCAGCUACGUAGACUAUGUGUUGGUUUUAAUUUGCAUAUUAUUCCCUAUCAAGUGACGCAUCACCUGGAAAAUUCUGAUACCUGGAUCGAUGUCUGUAUCGUCAAUAAUGCAGCAAUGGUCCUGUCUUCUGAGCAGUCUGCCCAACCGUUCCUGUUUGAUCAUGAUUUGAUAUCUGUUACAUGUAACUAUAAGGUAGAGCAGCAGAGAUUGAGAAGUUUCACGUAUCGGAGCUGGCACAGUAUUGACGGUAAUGUGUUGGCACGGCUGUUUGAUGGAGUCAACAUUGAAGAUAUGGAAUCACAAACGACUGUGGAUGAUACGAAUACCUGGUUUCAUCAGCAACUUCGUCGGAUUACUGACAUUACUGCUCCUGAAAGAACGAUACAUCCUCGUCGUCCCCCGGCGCCAUGGUUUACUAGUUACAUCAGGGAUCUUCAAGCUCGUCGUGACAAGCUGUACAGGAUCUUCAGGAGAAAUGGCUAUGCCUAUAAGGAGUAUGCCAGUGUGCGGCGUUUAGUGAAGCAGCGGAUAAGUGAAGCUAAAAAGUGUUACUUUGACAAUCAGUUAAGUUCGGCAAAAAAUACGCAAGCGAUGUGGAAUGAUCUACGUAGACUUGGCUUGUCGUCUGGCUACUCUGAUCUUAAUGUUGAUGUAUCUGACAUUGUGUCCCGUUGCACUGGCGAUGAUAAUGUAUACUUUAAUUUCUCAACACUUGAUGAUGUUACUGUUAAGAAGGCAAUAAUGCGACUUACUUCCAACUCUGUAGAUCCUGAUAAUUUCCCAAUUAAGGCGUAUAAAUGCUUAAUAUCGUUUGUGUUGCCAUUUGUUACAUUGCUUUUUAAUAAUUCGUUAAAUUCUGGCGUCUUUCCUAAUGAGUGGAAGUUGUUGCGUAUUGUCCCAAUACCGAAGAGAGCAAAUGCUGAGAUAUGUGCUGAUUACCGACCUAUAUCGCUGACGAGUAAUUUGUUGAAAGCACUUGAAAGAUGUGUACAUGAUCAGAUUAUUAAGUAUGUUACUGAGAACAAUUUCAUAGAUGAGUACCAGAUAGCUUUUAGGGAGGGCCUGAAUACACAGACUGCUGUAAUAAAACUCUGUGAUGAUAUUCGCUUGGCAAUAAAUGCAUCUAAAGUCACUGUAGCUGUUUUCUUUGACCUAAGUAAGGCUUUUGAUUCUCUGAGCUGUCGAUAUUUGCUUUAUGCUGAUGAUUUAGUAAUAUACUUGCCCUGCUAUCCAGAACAGAUAAAUGAAUGUGUUGCUGCCCUGAAUGCGGAAAUAGUUAAAAUUUUAGAAUGGUGCAAUAUCAAUUACCUUAAGUUAAAUGCAUCAAAGACAAAAGCUGUGAUUUUUGGUAGUAGAGUUAAAGUUAACUGUAAUAAUUGUAAGUAUACUGAUUGUAUUCGCGUAAAUGAUUGCAUUAUUCACCACGAUACGACAAUUAAGUAUCUUGACGUGUUAAUUGAUAGCACUCUCAUCUGGGAAAAUCAGGUUAUGAGUGUUUGUAAUAGGGCAAUGCGGGUUCUGGCGCAGUUGAAGAUUAAUAAUGAAAUCUUCAACGAAAAACUGCGUAUAAAGCUUGUCACCACGUUAAUAUUCCCGGUGUUUGAUUAUUGUUGUGCGGCUUACUGCAAUAUUACUAAUUACUCGCAAAUGCGAUUACAGCGCAAAAUGAAUUGCUGUGUUCGCUAG